CGCGGCAACAGCCAUGUAAUUAUACGUCGCAUUCGGUGCGUUUCAACUUUCUUUUGGAAACGUCUAAGAGUCUGCGGCGAUCGGCGUCCUGUACACCUGUACCAGACCGCCACAGUGUUCCGCACACACCACAUACACGCACACGCCGUAUUUGUCACGCUCAAUCGGUCUAUGGCGCGAGUUUGACGAAUCAACCCGUUGCAUAUACAAUAAAACAAUUAUUAAUAACAACGCCGAUUUCGACGGCCCGAACGCUGUAAAAAGGUUUGCGUAUCUGCCAGACGGUGCGAUUCCAAGAUGCCCAAGUACACAGCCUCAGAAAUGGCUUCGUUCGAAGAACGUUUCUUAAAUUAUAAGCCAGCCGUACUUCCAGAUGAAUUAAGUCAUCUUCCUGAUCGAGUUUCUCAGACUUUUGUUGGUAAAACCAUUUUUAUUACCGGUGGAUCCGGAUUCCUUGGAAAGGUUUUAAUUGAAAAGCUUCUAAGGAAAUGUCCAGACAUCAAAAGAAUUUAUUUGCUACUUCGAACAAAAAAAGGUAGCAAUCCUAAACAAAGAGUUGAAACUAUUUUCUCGUCAGUGUUAUUCGACCAUCUGAAGGAACUACGGGGCGUGGAAGUAUUAAAUAAGGUGUACCCAAUAGCUGGUGACGUGAGUGAACCAGAUUUAGCCAUCAGCGAGUCGGACCGUCGUUUGUUAGCGGACUCCGUACAAAUCGUUUAUCAUGCCGCGGCUACCAUUCGGUUCGACGAGGCAUUGAAGAAAGCCGUCUUGCUCAAUACUAGAGGCACGAAAAUGGUAUUGGCAUUAGCUAAGGAAAUGAAAAAUUUGGAGGUAUUUGUGCACGUAUCGACUUCUUACUGCCAUUUGGACGAAAAAGUGUUAUUCGAGAGGGCUUAUCCGCCACCAACUGAUCCGCAUAAAAUAAUCCAAAGUAUGGAAAUGUUGGACGAACCUUUUGUAGAAACGAUAUCUAAAGAGAUUCUUGGUAGUUUUCCAAACUCGUAUGCGUUUACGAAAUGCCUUUCUGAACAUUUAGUGGUGGAACAAUCUGAAGCUGGGAUGCCUUGUAUAAUCGCUCGCCCAUCCAUUGUCAUACCGAUAUGGAAGGAGCCUCUCCCUGGAUGGACAGACAAUAUUAAUGGUCCGACGGGCUUGCUAAUAGGUGCCGGAAAAGGAGUCAUCCGUACAAUGUUCUGUCACAAUCAAGGUUACGCUGAUUAUCUACCAGUUGACAUAACCGUUAAUGGCAUAAUACUAUUUACAUGGAAUUUUAUAGAAAACAAAGAUACCAGCAGAACAAUUUGCCACUUAACUUCCAGCCAAGAAUGGAGAGUAACAUGGCAAGAAAUUAUUGACAUUGGAAAAAGUAUUGUUACUACUGAAGUACCAUUGAACGGUGCAGUAUGGUAUCCUGGUGGUAGUAUGAAAAACAGUAAGCUGGUACAUAAUAUUUGUGUAUUUUUUUUACACACUAUUCCAGCUUACUUUUUAGAUGCUAUUAUUUAUAUGUCUGGAAAUAAACCUUGUCUGGUACGUAUUCAAGACAGAAUAAACAAAGGAUUUGAAGUUUUUGAAUACUAUGCAAACAAUCAAUGGGAAUUCAGAAACGAACAUGUCCAUUAUAUGAGAAGAAUUAUGAAUCAACGAGAGAAGUUUGAGUACAAAAUUGAUGGCAACGAUAUGGACAUUAGAAAUUACUUUAGAGAUUGUAUCAUGGCUGCUCGAAUUUAUAUUUUAAAAGAAACUCCGGACACAUUGCCUAGAGCUAGAAUCCAUAUGAAAAUAAUGUACUUUGUUGAUAUAAUCGCCAAAAUAUUAUUAUUCGGUUUAUUGUUAUGGACUUUAUUCAAAUGGUCUGAUACAAUUAUAACGAUUGGAUUAUUAUUAUUAAACCUUAUACGGUUGUUCUUCAAGUCAAUUUUUUCAACAAUCAACAGUGAUACCGUUGGACCGAUAUUAAACAAAGAGCUUUAAUCAUUAUUCAUACUUUAUUAUUAUU